AUGCACCGUAUCCCUUCCACGGAGGACAAGAAACGAGACAGAUCUUUGUCGGUGUCUCUGUCUUCGUCCAGCUUUGUGAGUCCGCAACGCCGACAGCCCAAGAAGAAACCAAUGCUGGACAGGCGAGAAACCCUCCUUGGCUUGUCAGCGACACCGACUGCCCACCCGUUGUUUCCGCCAAGUAUCGAUGCGACGGCAGAAGUACCAGCGAUGGACAACGGGUAUCCCGAGACGCCCGAGUACUUUCGACAGCAACGGAACAAACGCAUUCCCACUGUGCCGCGAGUGUCACCACUUCACGCCAAGGCCAUGCCUUCAACCACCGCACCGGCGCCGGCAUUAAAGGUGGACCAACAAUCUUUCUUGCAGACGCGCGUGCACUCGUUGACACAGGCACUAAUCAAGUCAAACCAACACCACAAACGAACCCAGGAGCACUUAACGUGGGCCCUCGAGGAGCACGCGCUGGUGCAGCUGGAAAAGCAGCAGCUCCAAGCUCAGCUAAGCUACAUGAAGUCAUUGCACAACGGAGACCGAGCGCCGCCGACGUCGUCUUUGGGCAACUACGACGAUGACAACAACGACGUCGACAUGUUCCUUGAAGGCACUUCGCACACACCUACCAUGUCCUUCACCACCGUCGCCCACCAACUGCGCCAGGAUAACGACGCCCUCAAAGCCGUUUUUGCCUCCCAUGUCGCCGAAAUGCAGCAUGCGAUGGCCCAGAUGUCCAUGUCCCUGCAGCAACAAGUAGAGGCCUCUCAGUCACGGACGAGGCGUCUGUCCCACUACGACUCGGACAUGGCGGCGCUACAAGCCAAGUGUGCAGAACUGAUGGCGGAGCGCAGGCACCUUCACAACACAGUCCAGGAGCUUCGAGGCAACAUUCGCGUGUUUUGUCGGCUGCGACCUCUCGGCACGACCAUGAAGGCGACAAAUGGAGCGCUCGCGUCUGCCAUCCGCGUCGAAUCGGAAACGCGCGUCGUUGUGGCCCAAGAGAGCGCGCCGUCCGUGGCAACUUUUGACGUCGAUCGAGUGUUUGACCAGCAUCACACGCAGCACGAUGUGUUCUUGGAAGUUGAGCCGCUCAUUACGUCUGCCCUGGACGGGUACAACGUGUGUGUCCUCGCGUAUGGACAGACUGGAUCAGGGAAAACGCACACGAUGCUCGGAAAUCUCAACAGCGACGUCAACAAGGGGCUCUGCCCGCGCGUGUUUCGCCAAGUGUUUGACCAAGGCCAAGACAACCAGUCCGAGGUAGAAAUGCACCUGUCGGUGCUGCAAGUGUACAACGAAAAGGUGCUCGAUCUCGUGCAGCCGUCGCCGGUGCCGCUCGACAUUCGAGUCGACAAGAAGCUUGGCGUGACUGUGCCCAACCGCACAUGGGUCGCAGUGUCGAAAGUGGAGGAGUGCAUGCUCGUGAUGGAAAAGGCAUUGCGCCAUCGCGCUGUCGCGGCCAACGACUUGAACGACGCGAGCUCUCGGUCGCAUUGCAUCACAUCGCUCAAGGUGCGGCGCACCAAGCCGUCGUCGACCCAUGCGCGCCAUGGCGACGUCGUCGUCGUCGAAUCAAAGAUCAACUUGGUCGACUUGGCCGGGUCGGAGCGCCUUGGGUCGUCCAACUCGGAGGGUGAACGGCGUAGCGAGGCGCAGCACAUCAAUAAGUCGCUCCUAGCGCUGCGCCACGUGCUUCUGCAGUUGAAAAACAAGCAAGACUACGUGUCGUAUCGCGAUAGUAAGCUCACGCUGUUGCUCCAGGAUGCCAUCGGCGGCCAUGCCAAGACACUGCUGUUCGUGUGCGUGAACCCGGCGGCAUCCUGUGCCCAUGAGACCAAGUGCUCCCUCGCGUUUGGCGAACGAGCAAAUGCCGUCGAGUUGGGUCGUGCCAAGCAGCACGUCAACACCAUCCACCGUGGAAACAGCAAGAACGUAUGA